AUGUUCCUCAUGUGUGCAAUGUUCCCCAUGUACACUAUGUUCCUCAUGUACACAACAUUCCUCAUGUACACAACAUUCCUCAUGUACACAAUGCGCUUCAUGUACACAAUGCGCCUCAUGCAAAAUAUCGAAAUCUCCGCUGUUUGCCAGUACACCCUUGCCAGCAUCCGGAAGGCAUUUGAAGGGCAGUAUAAAGAAGAUCAGGAAUCGCCGCGCUGGUGGUCACGGUACAUGGGCAGACUUCCAGACCCUCGCCCAGGAUCGUGUAUCACAGACGAGUUCAGGAGAAAGGGCUGGAAUAUAUCCCUUGACCUGCCAGACACUGUGCUGGACUUUGUGAAGAAGCACCCCCUGAUGGAUGAAGAGGUCAGACCUGUGAGAGGACGUCCGCUGUUCAUAAAGAGAAACGUGAACUACACCAAGAUUGUGGUGGACUCAGUCACUGCACUGGGUGGCAGGCAGUAUGAUGUGAUGUUCAUUGGCACAGUUAAUGGGUGGCUGCACAAGGCAGUGACCAUUGGUUCCCACACCCACAUCAUCGAGGAGAUCCAGCUCUAUGAGGAAUCCCAGCCUGUGGAAAGUCUAGUACUCGCCAGCACCCAGGGGAUGCUGUAUGUUGGAUCACAGAGCAGAGUACUCCAGCUCGCUGUGGCACAGUGCCAGAAGUACUCAACGUGCUUCGAUUGUGUCUUGGCUCGGGAUCCUUACUGUGCUUGGGACGGCAGUGUUUGCCGAGGGAUUCAGCUGGACGAGGACAGGGCACAACUGAUUCAAGACAUUGUGACUGGGAAGAACAGGUGCACGGAGAGCAAUCGAGUUGCUCCUUUCCAAGUGAAGAGCAGGUGGGUGCAGCGUGGCACCGAUGUUUUUUUGCAGUGCAUUCUCAGUUCCAACAUCGCCAUCGCCAGAUGGAAGGUCAAUGAGGAGGAAGUGCUGAGGAACGAUGAGAGACAUUACUACCUAGAGGAUGGCUCCCUGGUGAUUAAGGGGGUGCAGGAGGCUGACGAAGGGCAGUACAGAUGUUUCGCUGAGGAGAAUGGAGUGCGGUACCUCGUGGCCCUGCACAAUGUGAGCGUGGUGGACAGCUAUGAGCCCAUCUCCCCACCGUCCGCCCCUCAGCGGCUGAUCUCCAAGGGCCGCGAGUUCAUCUACCUGGUCGUCAUCGCCGCCCUGGUCGCCCUCGCCUUCGUCCUGGCCACUCUGUCCAUCUACCUGUUCUGCUCGCCCUCCAAGAGGGGCGGCUACAACUUGCGGCUGCCCAGCGCCUCGUUGGUGGAGCUGCAGCACGUUUCGGGCUCGUCCAGCGGCGGGAAAGCCGAAGAUGGGGGGGAUUCCGGCCCCCCGUACGGCGGCGAGCGCAUCCUGAAGAUCAUCCCGGGCGAGGGGGCGACUCACCCGAGGGACCUGGGUGAGCCCCUCCCCCCACCUCCGCCACCACCUCCCCUCCCGCUGCCCUUCCCCCACGACUCGCCCCCACCUCCGGCCUCUGUCACCCCCAAUGGCCUCCCGCACGUGCUGAGGAAGAUGAAUGGUAACUCCUACGUCUUGCUGCGUCAGACCAGCGAGGUGGGCUCCGGCCUACCCCACUACCACUCGUUCACCGAGGAGCUGAGCAAGAUGCUGGAGAAACGCAAGCACGCCCAGCUGGUGGAGAAACCGGACGAGAGCUCGGUGUGAGGCCGGGCCGGGGGAGGGUGGGGGAGGGGGCAGUUAGGGGAAGGGGAUGGGGGAGGGGCGGGAUGCGGAGGAGGGAGGUGAGGGGCACACCUCCCAGACUGCUGCGCCGCUACAUCUACCUCAGAAACUCGCCAAAGAUCCUCAGGCCUGGUUAGAGACAAAUAAAAACAAGCUGCAGAGGCUGGAAUCCAAGGUGGACAGGCCGGAGGAACACAAUAAGCCAGGCAGCACCAGGAGGUGGAGGGGUCGAUGUUCCCGGUGUAAUCCUUCUUCCUCAGGCAGCACCUUCCCAAACCCCAUGGCCGCUUUUGUCUGGAAGGACGGAGUGGGAGCAGGGCAGCAGAUACCUGGGAACAUCACGGGCGCCCUGCACGUUCCCCGCCGAGCCGCUCGACUUGGGUAAGAUAUUGGAUGCUCCUUCGCUGUCACCAGGUCCUAAUCGUGGAAUUCCUCCCUCUCUGAGGGCAUCGGGGGUCACCCCACAGCAGGUGGACAGCAGCGGUUUGAGAAGGCAGCUCACCCCCACCUUCUCAAGGGGCACCUAGGGACGGGCAAUCAGUGGUGGGCCCAGGCAGUAAUGCUGAUACACCAUGAAUGAAUCAUGAUAGAAAUGUCAGUAUUUAAGGGUAAUCCACUGCAGGAGGCUGACUCUAGCCUUGUCUGAAGGCCUUCUCUUUAUUCAGCCAAUCCGGGAUCCGAUUGUACAUAAGAGCAUUCACCUGUAUAUAACUCCGUGGCUUUAGUAUAACCUUUGGAUAUCAAUCAAAGGAGAGAUUUUAUAGAAAACCCACAAAGCUUUAAAACUGUGAAACACAGAAAGGAGAUCAGAGCAGGCAUCUCGAGUGUAUCUUUGAUGUUUCAUCGACCGAAUAUUGUCACACCCUUGAGCAGACCGGCCUUGAGGGGCUGAAUGGCUCUCCUCCUGUUCCUGUGCAGCCCAGCGGGAAAAUCCUGUGAAAAUACAGGCAGCUACAAACAGGCAGGAGAACUGCAAUGGUGAGUCAGUGCUGAACCUGACAUGUCUAUGGAAUGUUGUUUUCAGACAUUGGAAAUAGAUGGUAAAUAUAUUUUGGGCGCGCCGACAUAUAGACACUUUCCCGGUGAUAGAUCAGACCGCCCAUCUCGCGAAGCGGAGUGUCAUAUGGAGCUGAAUUCCAGCCACAAAAUAAAAUCAAAAGAACUGCUGAUGCUGGAAAUCAGAUGCAAAAACAGAAGUUGCUGGAAAAACUCAGCAGGUCUGGCAGUAUCUGUGGAGAGAAAUCAGAGUUAACUCGGAUCUGCUGAAAUUUUAAGCAACACUGGGUCCGAACUGAAGUAUCAGCGUCCGGAGAUGAAAGUGCAUUGCUCAGUAUUAAAACUGUUCACUUAAUUAUAAUGUGUGUAACUUGGACCAACCAUUUUGCCAGCACUUCCAGCGAUUAUUCUGUAACAGAGAAGGGAUGAAGAGGGGAAAUAAUCUUUUAAAAUCAUCUUUCUCCAUUUAAAAAAGAGUUGCAAUGCCACAUCCUCUCAUUGGGGGUUGGGGGGUGCAGUUUGAACUGAUGGGUCAUCCUCUGUUUGGAGUGAUAAGGAGUUUUUAUGUUCCCAUUAUCAUGAAGAGUGGGGGCUUAGUGUCUGACAGGUACAGAUACAGGGAGGUGGGGGAAGAGCUGAAGAAAAGGGGGAAAGACUGGGGGUUUGGGAAAUGUUUUAAUUAAUUCAUGGGAUUAAAGCAUCACUGGUUAGG